ACUGUAUGUACCCCUUAGCAUAUGCCUGGGUUAAAACGGAGAACACGGAGACCUGGAUGUGGUUUAUUGGGCUACUAUCAGUUGAUCUGCACCUUACGAAUGCCGCUGUUUUCAUGUCCGAUAAACAAAAGGGUUUGUUGAAUGCUGUGAAGGAGUUGUUCCCAUAUUCAGAGCAUCGAUUUUGCUGGAGGCAUUUGUGGGCCAAUUUCAGGAGCACAUUUCACACGCAACACAUGAAGCCCUUCAUCUGGAACAUUGGAACAGCAACAUACAAAGCAGCCAUGGAUAGAGCAAUGAAAGCUCUGGAAGACAAACAUGACGCUGGCUACAAAUGGAUCAAAGAGAGGGACAGGAAACACUGGUGUAGAGCGCUGUUCAAAGAGGAAGUUAAGUGUGAUAUCCUCCUAAACAACCUGGCUGAAGCAUUCAACAAGUACAUACUUGCUGCAAGAGAGAAGCCAGUGUUGACAAUGUUCGAAAUGAUAAGGACGCAGCUUAUGAAGAGGAUUAAUGACAAGCAGAAGUUUGGGGGAAACAUGGAGGGUGAGCUGUGCCCAAAGAUCAGAAAGAAGCUUGCUAAAAUCAUUGAUUAUGGUUGGAAGUUCACCGCAGAUCCUGGUGGUAGCCCUCAGUGGCAGGUAGAGGGCCCAGGGGGCCAGUUCGUGGUUGAUUUGGCUAACAGAACAUGCACAUGUCGAAGGUGGCAGCUUAGUGGAAUCCCAUGUUCGCACGCUACACCAUGCAUAUAUGGAAAUAAUCAACGGCCUGAAGAGUUUGUGGAUGAUUGCUACAGUGUAGCUACGUAUCAGAGGGUAUACAGCUAUGUAAUCAACCCUAUGAAUGGGCCAGACAUGUGGGAAACAGACCCUGAGCCGGCUAAUAUCAUACUCCCACCAUCCCCAGUACAUAAGAAGAAGAGGGGCAGAAUACCAACGGCCAGGAAAAAAGAGGCGGAGGAACUAGAGAAACAAAGGGUUGAAAAAGCCAAGGAAGCCGCUGCAGGUAGGGAAAAGUUGCCAAGGAAAGGAAAUAUGAGAAUGACGUGCAGUUUAUGUGGUCAAUAUGGACACAAUAAGAGGGGUUGCCUAAAGAGGAGUGGGGGUCAGUCAACUCAUGAGGUUGGUGGUCCGUCAGCUGAAAGAGUGCCUGGUGGUCAGUCUGCUGAAAGAGAGCCUGGUGGUCAGUCUGCUGAACGAGAACCUGUGCUUCAUGACUCUCCAGUCACCCUCCGCUGGAUGAUGGAUGGUACAAGUCAAGUCGUUCAUAGGUCACCGAGUAGACGUGACACCUUUCCAUUUGUGGAUCAAGCAGUUCCGGCGGAACCUCCGCUUGCUGACCAAGGCCAACCAGACCAGAACCACCCAGGUGAUGCAGAAGAGAAUGCCUUCAACAGCCAACGGAGCAGUGUUGACGAUGGAGCUCCGUCCCAACCUAUCCCGACGCAAGCUGAAAAAGGAAAAGGGAAGCGGAGAGCUAAAGAUGUUCCCUCUAGAUACAUGAACAUCCUGAGGAAGAGAUCCAAAAAAACGUAGUGCUGGAACAUGGAUUAGUGGUAGUUAUUUUGCUAAUUAUUAUUGUGGUGCACAUAGGCAGUAUUUUGAACCAUGCUUUUGAUUGUUUUGAGCCACAAUGUUGUGGUUGUUUUA